UUUAUCCGUUUCGUCUGAUGUCUGCAAAUCGCGAUUCGUGUAUAACUUCGUCGACAAACUGUUUGUGAUGUGUUGUGUUCUACGAUAAGAAAGGAUAAGAGUUUUUAUUUUACACGUAAUCAUUCCUUUAAAAACAAUCAACCUUUCCACGCGAGUUAAAGUCAGGAAAUAGCACCGCAGUUCCCCCCUUUUUAUUAUCAAUCUACUAACUAGUAUAUUGAUUGUGUAAUUUAGUUCGGUUCGGUUGUGGGGGUUCCGAUGCAGCUGUCUGUCAUGAAUCAGAGUAUGUAGCUGGCAGUAGAGGUUGAUAAGCUGCUAUACUAGAGCUUGAUUAUUGAUAGCACAGCACGUUCUCACAUUCAUAUUGGAGCUGUGAUUGGAGUCACACUUGCCAUCGACCGUUUCCACUAUCGCAACAAAUCUCAGUAUUUUUCUACAAACUACAAUGUUGAGUUCAAUCAAGAAAUCCAUUUCCUCCGUGUACCUGUUGUACGAGCUCAACACCUGCAUCUACAUGCUGGACCCGUGGGAGAAGAAAUUCAUCAAUGGGGUCAUUUUCAGCAUUCUCGCUUUGCUGAUAUUCUCCAGCUAUGUGUAUCUUCCCAGCUAUACCCGUCGGUUGAUAGGAGCCUUCCUGCCGGCCACAACCGAACAGCUAACACUGGAUCGGAUGGAUCAUCAUCAUCACCAUCACCACCAGCAGACGAUGGACUUUGGCGUCCACUGAUGUUUGAUAACUGCGUAGCAUGGCCUGGUGGCAACGGGGAGUCACCGCCAGCAGCGAAACAAGUCUCGCAUUUUUUUACCUUUCGUAUUAUUCUAGGGCACCUCGGGCAGACAUCACAUCAAAUUGAAAACAGAGUUUUCUCCUCGAGAAUAGCAUUGUUUUUUUUUCGAUUAACUUUUAAUCUUUUCGCUUAUACGAGUAAUCGACCAAGUAAGGAAUUUAGGGCUGUUUUUUGUCUAGAUAUUGUAAGAAUUCUGGAAUUACACUUAAGCAUGUUACUGAGCUAAUUAUUAUCGGCUACAAAGAAUCGGGCGUUUUGAUUGGUAAAACGCCGCAACAUUUGCAAUUUUUCAUCUUCAAAGUUUAUGCAUAUUUUCUGGUUUAUAAGAAUAAAAAAACAUUUUACAACAACAA